GAGUCACUGCUGUGAGUCACAGCGACAGCGUUCACGUUAGCCAGGGUUCAGAUGGAGCAGCUCUGGCAACAGAGGAAGCAGGUUAUAUUAUUGAUUACCUGCUGCAGCAGACAGUUGCACCAAGAUACUUUUUUUAUGAGCUCUGAUGAAACAGAGGAGGCUCUGCUGAACACCGUUUCCGUUUUCUUAAGGCUUCAUUAAAAAAAGAACGGGAUACAGAUGCCAAAUUUCAGCUGUAAAAGAUGGACUAAGAUGUGGACUUAACUGAUGUUAUGAUAUGUGAAGUCCUUCUGCACAGGAGAAAAAGAGCCCUCUUGUGGUAAUGUUUGGGGAAUAACAAUUGGAGGCACCCUGCUGCUCUGUAAGACAAACAUCAGUAAAGCCAAGCAGCAAGAAAAGAGGGGCUCUUCAUGACAAAAUGACAGCGAGAGAACACAGCCCCCGCCAUGGUGCAAAAUCCCGCACCGUGCAGCGGGCCUCCACCAUUGAUGUCACCUCUGACAUGGUUGGCCUUUCACUAGCAGGAAACAUUCAGGAUCCAGAUGAGCCAAUUCUAGAGUUCAGUUUGGCUUGCAGUGAGCUGCUGACUCCGUCGCUAGAUCGAAAACCAAAUAGUUUUGUAGCAGUGAGUGUAACUACACCUCCUCAGGCCUUCUGGACAAAGCAUGCACAGACAGAAAUUAUUGAGGGAACAAGUAAUCCUAUCUUUCUAAGCAGCAUUGCCUUUUUCCAAGACUCUCUUAUCAAUCAAAUGACACAAAUCAGACUCUCUGUGUAUGAUGUCAAAGACAGAUCUCAGGGAACAAUGUAUUUGUUGGGUUCUGGGACGUUUACUGUAAAAGAUCUUCUUCAGGAGAAGAACCACAGGUUGCACUUAACACUAAGGUCGGCUGAAAGUGACCGUGUAGGUAACAUUACAGUUAUUGGAUGGCAAAUGGAAGAAAAAACUGACCAAAGGCCUCCAGUGACAAGGUCACCUGAUACAAUUAAUGGAAGGACUGUGUUGCCAGUUGAUGAAAGUUUAACAGAAUCUUUAGGAAUCAGAUCCAAAUAUGCUUCAUUACGGAAAGAUGCACUACUGAAAUCUGUGUUUGGUGGCGCCAUUUGCCGAAUGUAUCGCUUCCCAACCACUGAUGGAAACCACUUGAGAAUCUUGGAGCAGAUGGCUGAGAGUGUCCUUUCACUGCACAUCCCUAGGCAAUUUGUGAAGCUUCUUCUAGAAGAAGAUGCAGCAAGAGUUUGUGAAUUAGAAGAAUUGGGAGAACUGUCUCCUUGUUGGGAAAGCCUUCGUCGACAAAUAGUUACUCAGUACCAAACAAUUAUUUUAACUUAUCAGGAAAAUCUAACUGACCUGCACCAGUAUAAAGGUCCUUCAUUUAAAGCCAGUAGCUUGAAAGCCGAUAAAAAAUUGGAAUUUGUUCCUACAAAUUUACAUAUACAGAGAAUGCGAGUCCAGGAUGAUGGAGGAUCAGAUCAGAACUAUGACAUAGUCACCAUAGGAGCACCAGCAGCUCAUUGUCAAGGCUUUAAAUCAGGUGGCUUGCGGAAAAAGCUGCAUAAAUUUGAAGAGGCAAAGAAACACAGUUAUGAGGAGUGUUGCACCUCACCAAGUUCCCAGUCUAUAAUAUACAUCCCACAGGACAUUGUUAGAGCAAAGGAAAUUAUUGCCCAAAUCAACACCCUGAAAACUCAAGUCAGUUACUAUGCAGAAAGGCUCUCAAGAGCUGCCAAGGAUAGAUCAGCUAAUGGCCUUGAAAGAACACUUGCAAUCCUAGCAGACAAGACUCGGCAACUUGUCACAGUCUGUGACUGCAAGCUGUUGGCAAAUUCAAUCCAUGGACUGAAUGCUGCAAGGCCAGACUAUAUAGCUUCUAAAGCCUCUCCAACCUCUGGAGAAGGGGAGCAAGUGAUGCUGAGGAAUGAUCAAGAUACACUUGUGGCCAGGUGGACAGGAAGAAAUAGCCGAUCUUCUCUGCAGGUGGACUGGCAUGAAGAGGAAUGGGAGAAAGUUUGGUUGAAUGUUGACAAAAGUCUGGAGUGUAUUAUACAGAGAGUGGACAAACUUCUUCAGAAGGAGCGUUUGCAAAGUGACAGCUGUGAAGAUGUUUUCCAGUGCGACAUCAGCUGUACCAGUAAGAAAGAUUCCAGCCCCACUCCGGAAGAAUCUGGCCCAGGCGAAUGGAGUGAAGCUCUUUAUCCCUUGCUGACAACACUCACAGACUGUGUAGCCAUGAUGAGUGACAAGGCAAAGAAAGCCAUGGUCUUUUUAUUAAUGCAGGACAGUGCCCCAACAAUAGGGCUCUGUCUUAGCCUUCAGUAUCGCAGGGAUGUUGUCUUCUGCCAAACUCUGACAGCUCUCAUUUGUGGUUUCAUUAUCAAGCUGAGGAACUGCCUGCAUGAUGAUGGAUUUCUAAGACAACUCUACACAAUUGGCUUGCUGGCACAGUUUGAGAGCCUGCUGAGCACUUAUGGUGAGGAGUUGGCAAUGCUGGAGGACAUGAGUUUGGGAAUCAUGGACUUGAGGAAUGUAACCUUUAAAGUAACUCAGGCCACAUCAAAUACAUCUACUGACAUGCUGCCAGUCAUCACUGGAAAUAGGGAUGGAUUUAAUGUGAGGAUCCCUUUGCCAAGCGCCUUGUUUGAUUUGUUGCCGCGAGAGAUUCAAAGUGGCAUGUUACUGAGGGUUCAGCCUGUCCUUUUCAACGUGGGAAUCAACGAGCAGCAAACUCUAGCAGAGAAGUUUGGAGACACUUCACUGCAAGAAAUAAUUAACAUGGAAAGUUUAGUGCGGUUGAAUUCAUAUUUUGAACAGUUCAAGGAAGUUUUACCUGAUGAUUGUCUACCUCGAUCUCGUAGUCAGACGUGCCUGCCUGAACUGUUAAGAUUUCUGGGACAAAAUGUACAUGCAAGGAAAAACAAGAAUGUUGAUAUCCUUUGGCAAGCUGCUGAGAUAUGCCGCAGACUAAAUGGCGUUCGAUUUACAAGCUGUAAAAGUGCCAAGGAUAGGACUGCCAUGUCGGUCACCCUAGAGCAGUGUUUGAUCCUACAGCAUGAACAUGGAAUGGCUCCACAGGUCUUCACCCAGGCUCUGGAGUGUAUGAGGAGCGAGGGUUGUCGGCGAGAAAAUACAAUGAAGAAUGUUGGAUGUCGCAAGUAUGCAUUUAAUUCCCUGCAACUGAAGGCAUUCCCAAAGUAUUACAGGCCUCCAGAAGGAACUUAUGGAAAAGUUGAAACAUAAGCAUACCAUGUCCUUUAAUUGCUGUUCCAUUAAAAAGAUGUGGAUUCACUCUAGAUUAAUACAUGACUUUGUCAUCCAGAAGAGAUAAAUGACCUUUUCGUACGCUUCACUAGGUUAUACAGAGCAUGUUACCUACAGAAUUGGAAUCUAUAGUACCAAUUAUUCUGACACCUUAGCUUGAGAAUAGUGUGAUGACUCUCUGCCCAUUUAAAUAGCCUUCAGUGUAUGUAAGAUGAUCAGAUAUUAUGCUACUUGAAAAUUACCUAUAUACGAAUAUCUAGGUACCUCCUGGGGGGACAAGGACUCUAGGAAUGGCAUUUAGGCAGCUGUUUCACAUUACAUUUUUUUGUACUGAGUUGACAUGAGAUUGAGCUUUUCAUAAACUUUUAAAAACAGAGAGUAAAACUCAAAAGUUGUAAAUAAAAAGGGACUGGAUCCUACACAGUCUAGUAAACGUAAGAAUGACUUGUUACAAUCAAGAAACAGAAGUUUAACUUUUAAAAAAAUCAGCACAAUAAAAGCCAGGAGUAGAAAUUGUUUUACUGUAUAUAGGAUACCAUCUUAAUUUAUGAAAUUAACAAGACAUAGAAGGCCAGUCAAAUGAGGUCUAGUUCCCAGUUCUGUACAAAUAAGACAAAUUCCUGCCAUCCUUGGUAGAUAAGGAUUUGGACGCACGUCUUAUUUUUUAAACAGUGUUUCAGAUGAUGCUUAACCAUUGAUGCCCUGUGCUUCCCCACAACAAGGCAAAUGCAAGUUGCUAGUGCUGCACAUGACGUGUUCAGUAUGUUCCAUGAUAUUGUAUAUUAAUGACACAAUUUUACUCAUGGCUUUUUAUAUCACUUCUGGAUUUUAAGCAUUAGUAUCUGGAGAGGUUACAUUAUUUUUUUAUUAGCGUUUGAUUUUUUUCCAUAUCAAUUUUGUAUAUCAAUACAAAAAUAUUCCAAGUGCCCAAUGCAUCCCUGUUACUCUGUAACAUACUCUGCUUGCCUUUGCAUUUUACCCAGGUAGAUUUUCAGAAUCCUAGGGGAAAAGUCUCCCCUUUUCAGAGUAUUUCUGCAGUAGGUAGCAAUGCCCCAUAUUGAUAUAAAGCAACUGCUCAUGUGCUGGGGCUGUUGCACAAGAACCUCAGAUGUGUUCUAGCUUAUGACUAAGGUGAUCAGUUUGAUGGCAUUUGAUACAAAAUGUUCAACAGAUCUCCUUGGAAAUAAUUUUUUUUUAAAUGCCUUUAAGAUACCUUUUUGAAAAGCGGCUAAACAUUAAUUUCCAAAUUUGAACAGGAUUAAGUAAUCUCUAUCUGGCUUCAUUCAGCCAGAAUGUGCCCUUUCCUUCUGAUUUUCUAAGGAUAGAAACUGUAGAAUAGAAAAAUCUGCCUAUUUAUUCUUGUGGGAGUAACAACAGCCAGGUAAGUAUAUGGCUGUUUUCUGAUUUCUUUCUCCCUCUCACUGAUGUUUGUCUGUGCUGUCACUGCUCUAUCAAUCAGCCGUGUUCAUCCUGCUCCCAUGUAGGUCUGGGGGUUCCAGGUCUAGCAGUUUUUGCAUUUUGCUUUUUGCAAUUAAACACCGAGCAGCAUGUCACAAAGCCAGGUCAGAAAGUUCUGCUGAACUAGGUUGUUACCAUUCUUUCAGUCUCCCUAAGGUAACAAAACACUGAAUUCUGUGCAAAAUCAGUGUAUUGUGAUGCCUACCCCAAGUCUGGACACAUCAUCUACAUAGAACAGUCCCUUGGAAGCUUCAUCUUCUCCAAUUAAUAUUUAUUUUAUUUUAUUGUUAAUAUGUAAACAAAUGUAUGGUAGCUCUUUAAACAUGUUACUCCAUCAGUUCUGCUCAACCUUCAGUCCCUGGCUCAUAUUUAAAUGCUACAUUUAUUUUUGUAUAAAGUAUACUCUUUAUAUCCCUUAGUUUUUAUGAGUUGAUUAUUUUAUUUUGUAUAUUUCAAACAUAGUUAAUUAUAUUUUAAGUCCUGUAUUGUUAUACUAAAAAAUAUUCCAAUGUUCAGCUUCAGAAGAAAACAAGAAGAGGUCUGUUGUAACAAUUAGCAGAGCCACUCUCUUAGAUUGUGGCCAACAAUCUUUAGAUCUAUUCUAGAGCUUAGCAAUCCUUUAUUUAUUUUAUAUACCAACAUAACCAGAAAAAAAAAUUGCCAGAUUUUGUAUGUGCAUGGUUUUUGCUCACCUUUUCAAAGUGGUGGAAUGCUGGUCUCAAGUUCUGCAUUACUUUGUUUAAAAUAUACUCUGAUUUCAGUAUGCUCACACGUAAAACAUCAUUGCUAGAUACACCCUUGUCAUACAUGCACCUCGAUGGGCUUCUUGAAAGGGCGUCAAUGAGCAGUGAGGUCUGGAGGAGUUCAUCAACAGGAGAAAAACUGGGAAACUUGAAAUCCACAUAGGACGCUUCAGAAGGGUGGAAUAAGCAUUUCUGUUGCACAGGAGAGGCCAAUUUAAGGGUUACUGUAAAAUGAAAUGAUGUCUGAUGUUCUUUUUUGAGUACAUUUUUUAAAUUAUAAAAACAUACAAAGGUAAAAAAAGAAAACUGUUGCCAAGUAUGUUCUGUGUAUGUUCUGUGAAAGUACCUACAGCACAGUUGCCUUUUGUUUCAUUUAUACAUGUAAAAUUACUGUAUAAUACAACACUGUUUUGUCCCAACACAACUGUAUUUACCGAGCUUUGUGCAUUGAAAUAUUUUUAUUUAUUUGGUUUUGGGCAGUAUUAAUAUAUCAUAAACAUAUGGCUACUGUUUUAUAUAUUCUAGUUCAUCCAAUCCAUGUAUGCUGUAAAUGUGCUAGACUUUAGGGUGAAAACCAAUAAAGAACUGACAACAAUAA